GCGUCCGCCGUGGGGGCGGACUUGCGCGAGGGCAGCUUCAAAGACGCCGACCUCACGGCGGCCAACUUCUCGGCCGCAAAGCUCGUCAAGGCGGACAUCGUCGCAGCGAAGCUCAGCCGAGCGGACUUCUCGGGCGCCUCGCUGCAGCGCGCCACCCUCACCAUGCUGCGCGACGCCGCCGGCCCCUCCUUCGCCGCGGCAGACAUGCGAGGCGCCGUCCUCACCGACUCCGUCAUGCCCGACGCGUCGUUCGCGCGCGCUGACCUCACCGGCGGCGCCGACUUGCGAAACGCGAGCUUCCGGCACGCGACGAUGACCAGGCUGCAGGCGCAGCGGGUGCGCGCGUCCAACGCGGACUUCGACGGCGCGAAGCUGCGCGGCGCGAACUUUGACGGCGCGGACCUGACCAACGCGACCUUUCUGGGCUCCGACCUGCUCGGCGCAACCUUCGUUGGCGCG